AUGAAGAAGGCGACCGACCGUUUGUUUUCUAGGCCGCUUCAACCUCGGGAACAGAGGCGAGAUGCAGCUUCAGUCGGCGGCGAAACUCCUCGAAGGCCAGUCGCACCAAAGCACUUGAACACCUCUCUUCAGGUUCAGCCGGUCGCGGGUUCCCCGCUGAGCUCUUCGCCUUCCUCCUUUUCCGCUUGUUCUUCUCCUGGCCGCGCCAGGUGUGCGCCUUCUCGCGGCUCGUCCCUCCUUUCUGCGUCUCCUUCCCCUUCUUGCCGGGUUCUUUGCCCCUCUGUCGAGUCCGCAGACACGUGUAGUCUCCCAGCCGCCGCGGGUCCGCCCUCCUGCGAGUCUCGUUCUCUUGCUUCGUCUCCACAUUCUCCGCCUUCUUUGUCAACUCCGUCUCGGAAUCCGUUGUUCCCUUCGUGUGCGCCAGCGUCGGUGCCUCGGCCUCAGCCAGGGCGCACGCAGACUGCGCGGUCCCCUCCUACGGUGCGCAGAGGCGUCGCGUACAUGAUCUUCUCCCAGACCUUCUACGCAGGACAGGAACAGGCGGACGACAUUGUCGUUCCUUUGCACGUGACGAAGGCGGUGUUUGGAACGAGUUUGCGCAGAAAAAAGGGCUGGGUUACCUGGUAUGACAGCCGGUCACAUCGCCUCUCUUCGACGUCGAUUGGGCAGUGGUUGGCGGAGUCGAGAGCGCGCUUUCUUCUCUCUCUUCGUACGGAUCCGCGCGACGGCGAGGGCUCCGCAGGCAGGCAAGUUGUGGAGGCGGAAGAUCGACUUCGCAGCGGACGUGGACGAGGAAGCGCGCGAAACGAAGGGAAGAAAGGCGACUUCCGGACGAGAGUCGAUCGUCUCGCAGCCGCUGGCGAGCGGGAAGAGAAUCCCGAGGAACGGGGCAAAAGAGACGAUGAAGAGGGGAGCGCUGAAAGGCGAGAGACAAUGGAACGAGGCGAACCGUCAGAGACUGACGCCGGGCGUGCGUGCCCAGGCGGAGAAGCGUCUCCAACCGGCCUUCAAGGAACGCACUCCAGAGACUGGAACAGGGAAGGAAACGCGGGAGAAGGGAAACCGUGCAUCCUGAGCGGGCACAGGAGCAAGGGACAGAAGACUGAAGGCGAAGAGGACGAGGGAUCCAGGUGCGCAAGAGAGAUGGGAGAAGAAGGAGAACUCGGGGCGUUCCGGCAGAUCCGCAGAUCGUUGGGUGAACGCGAUUCGUCCGUGCUUCCCGGCACGUCUGCCUCCCCAACUUUCCCUUCGUUCUGUUCGUCCUUGUCUCCUGGCUUUUCGUUUCCGUCCCAGUCUUCUUUUUCCUGUUCCUCUCUUAUCUCCCGUUCUUCGGUGUCAGUCGAGGAGGCGAGCACCUUCUCGACCUCCGCGAGUUGUCGGGCGUGCGGCCGCGGCGGUCCGUCCUCGUGUCCCUCUUCUUCUUCGUAUUCGUCUUUCUCCUCCGCUUCUCGGUUUUCUUCAGCUGCUCCGUCGCCGUGCCCCGUAUUCGCGGACGUGCGGUGGCCGAGCUUCGCCUGUGAGGGCAAGCGCGCUCGCGCGCUCUACGUCUUCUUGUUUCUGCACGGCAUGUCGCCACCGGGCGUGGACCCCGACGUCACGGAGAACUGGGGAAAUCUCAUUGCGUCUUUGCUGGAGAAGUUUCCCGAGCAGGAACUGCGGGAGAAGCGGGGCGAAGAGCCGUUCAUCCUCACGUGGGCGUUCACGUACAGGCGCGCAACGUGCAGAGGCAUUGGCGCGUGCGUGGAGGUUCUGGCGCCUGCAAUGGCCAACGAGCUCGGGGCGCUCCUCCCGUUCUUCGACACCCUGCACGUCACCGCUGUCGGCCACUCGCUUGGGGGCCUCGUCUGGCGUUUCCUCCUGGACAAAAAGGCAACAGAGUUGCCGCUCUUUCUUCCCUCGAGAGGCUGCGUGCCCAGCGAGAGAACCUUCGGACAACCCCGCAGAGACGCGGAGGGCGGCCUCCGGCGGGACGCAGGCGUCGCCGGAUUUCCUCCGGGAGGUCCAAGCCACGUGCCGAAGAAACGGAUGGGGCUGGGACGCUUUGUGAGGCGCAGGGAAAAGAAUCCAGCGUGGGACGGGACGGGGCGAACCCGCGUGGCGGCGCACACGGAUGCGCAGGAGGCGAAAAAGAAGCGACGGUCGUUUUUCCCCUUCUCGCUUUCGCGUGUCUCUGCCUCGUCGCCGAGUUCUGCUCGGGUGGAGACGACGGAGUCCCCGACUCCUUCUCCCGCACUCGCCUCGGCUUCUGCCUCAGCUGGCCGCCGUUCUGCGUUUCACUUCUAUCCGCGGACUCGAGACGGGAAGCCCCGACAGUCUCCGCUUCGCUCGCGCGACGCAAAAGGAUCCGGCGCACCUUUCCCCGCGAAACGCGAGGCCCUGCGCACGGAGGUUUUAGCGCUGUUUGGCAGGAUCUUGAACAGUCCGAAAGUCGUCCUCGAUGUGUUUUGUACGCUCGCUUCGCCGCAUGUCGGCACGUACAAGUCCAAGGCGUUUGUUCGGGCUGUUCCGAAAGCGCUGUCGUUCAUGAGUUGCUUGCCAGCCAGCGAAAUCGCGAAGGAAAUCCUGAACGCCGACGAGCAGCAACUGAUUCGGUGUCUUGUCGAACACGAGAAAGCCAGGCACAGCUGGCUACCGUUCCAGGGCGGGGGCGGACACGGAGGCACAGAGUCAGGAGAGGGGGAGCGCGGGCCGAGGCUCGACGCCGGAGACGAAGGGAGAAGAGGGGAAAGCGAUUUUUUCGGCGGUAACGAACAACAGUCGUUUCUCUGCUCUGGCAACCGCGAGGAGAGGGUGAGGUGCGUCAGGGCCGGAGGCGAAACAGGCUGUGGGCAAGAACAAGAGCAGGCAAGAGAAAGGGAACUCGAAAGAACGUCUUCUGUGCCGAGGAAACGUGACGGAGGGGGACUGCAAUCAAGAUCUACAAGCAGUGCCUCCGCCGCCGACGAUGGGCUGUUCGUCAACCGCAGUUCGCCCUGUUCGUCUGCGACUACGCAUACCGGGGCAUCUGUCGGGCUCGUGGAGACGUGCGCGACAAGCUGUUUUGUUUCUUGUCGCGGAUCCCAUUGCGCCGUAGUUUCUGCGCCCUCCCCGUCUCCCUACGCUUCCCCCGAGGCGGACACCCUCUUCACACGUCCCGCGCCCCAAAGUGUUCCUGUGUUUUCCUCGGACUCGGAAACCGGCAGCUGGUCCUCGUUCUCCCCUCCGUCUUCCUCGUGUGUGCGUGCCGGCUCGGCGCUUCUCCCUUCGGCGUCAGGCGCCCAGGAGACACAAAGGAAGGAAGGCGCUCCCCACAAAGCGUUCAGAUGGGUUCUCUUUUACGGUGUCCUCGACACUGACUGGCUGGUGAGCGUCAACAGCGCUCUGGGCACAUGCAUAGAUUUGAAAUUGACGCCGGUGGGCCAGGAAGCGUUCCGGCACCCGAUGCGGCCUGUUGAGUUUUCGCUCGACAAAGAUCGGAAGGUGCGUCUCGGCAGACCCGAGGGUGGCGAGGACGAGGAACCAGAGGACAGGGAAGACGACAGCGAAGGAAAGGGAAGACAAGAAAAGAGUGAGUUUCAGCUCUGCGAUACGAGGCUGACGUCCAGUGUUAAAAAGAGAGAGAAGGAAAUAUCUCUCGUUGCACAGCAAGUGGAAGUGCUGCAGAGCCUCAAACACCUAAGACGGUUUGUGGUCUACAUCCCACAGAAUCCCGUUACCACGGCAGCGCAUGCCACCAUCAAGUGCUCGCCGAAUUACGUCACUCAAGAAACACAACGAAGCAUGAGGAAGCAAGCACACGAGAUCCUCCAGCACAUCACCGCAGGUCUCCUAACUGGCGCUACAAAUGCGGUCGGCGACGCCGAACCAGAAGCCGAGAGUAGGUACAUUCUCUGA